CUAUGUAAGUUUGUUCCGGCGUCUGUCAUGGCGGUAAAUUCUAACGACCAGUUGUAUGGUCGCCUCUUCUGGACGUGCCACAUUCUGCGUAAUAGAUGCACGAUGGUCAGCUGAGCAAGACAUCUGUAUGCUGAGUUGACCUCUGUCAUCGUCCACGGUAUCAAAGUCUCUGACAGUGUUGCCUGGUAAAAAACUAUGGAUACACUUGGUCCUGUUUCUGUGCUAGAUAGUGGACGUAGAAACAGAGAUGUAAUAAUAACAGAUAGAAUCACUCGGCGCCGAAGUCCAGACCGUCCUCGUUUGAAAGCAGCCCACAGUGAACAAGACGUUGUGUAUCGUAUCCCACAGCCAUACAGAACCAGUUUCUCAGCCAGACAGUCAGUGGAGAGGAUUCCUGCAACUGAUCGAAGUCGAUCUCUGAGCCCCACCUCCAGUUUACGCAGUACUCAGAGCUGCAGAAGUGAGCGGACAUGGAGGGGCAGACAAAAUAGGGCAAAAAGCCCCAAAAGGGUCACCUAUGAUACUCGGGUGACUGUUCGCCAUUCAGACACUGAUGAUAGUAUAUUUACUGAACUGUCUAGUCAUGACCUUGAAUCAAGUCUUUGCCAUACUCCAAAGCCUAAUUUAACUUUCAAUACUUCUAAUCAGUCAGAAGUCUCCAAGGACUCGGGUAUAGAUUACUCUGUACAGCUUAAAGACCUCUCAGACCAAAUCAUUAAAAUGGACUGGUCCAGGAAGCAGCCUGAUGAGCUUCAUGGUGGUAGAGCUAGCAGUGGCAUUACUUCUUCAAGCAUUCUCAAAGAUUCACAGAAUUCUAGGAAACCCCAGUCUGGCAACCUAAUAUCUGCUGUAAACCAGUCAUUGGUGUCUACACAUGCACCCCCUUCACAAAGUGGAGACAAAGAAAACACACCAAACGGAUCACCACAGCCUUACUCUGCUGAGAGUGGUGCAGCUUAUCGAACACCAUUGUUGUCUCCAGACUACCAACCUGAUCGCAGCUACAGCUACCGCCAGGCCAUCUCUGACCACUAUAGCAGCGAUGUGCGAGCUCUGGUAGAUGCAGGCAUAGAAGAAAAAGGACCAUGUGUAUUGUCUGGACCUGAACCUGGUGGUCUUCAGCAAAGGUCCAACUCUGUAACUGCGGUGUCAAAGGCCAGCAGUCCCACCUCAAGCCAGCUGACACCAGCCAAACGCUCAGUGAGCACAUCCAUUAGCAAUUUCUUCAGACGUAUUUCUCCUCAUCUCGGACGCAAGCGUGGUAAAGAUCGUGGUGCCAGUUCAACAACAGCAAGCUCCCAGAGUCUGCCUGCAGCAACAGGGCAUCAGGUUGAACCGGCAACACCUUCUCCUACAUCUCAGAACCCUGCCAUUCCUGCUACCAGUAGUUCUUCAUCUGGUCAUUUCUCUCACAACAAAAUACGAAGCUCGUUCAUGAAGUUAAUGGGUAAACCAUCCAAGGAAUCAAAGCCAAAAAAGACUUCCAGCCACAGCAGUCAUCCUGAAAAUGUACAGGGUUCAGAAUCUUUUAGCCCUGCAAGUUGUGGAGAAACACCAGGUAAAACAGAUGAAAGGGACACUAAGCAGUCUCAGCAAAUGCCUGAAUCUGCGCAGCGAGUGCUUAAGUCAAUAGAAAAAAGUAACAUCAGCAACAAAAAUAUCUAUCGUGAAUUUAAGGAUAAGCGUUCCCCUCAUGGUAGUGCAACCGCUGCUGGUGCAGACUCUGAUCUCGAGGAACGUUACCGAGCCAUCAAAGCUCAGUAUAAAGAUCGUCCUUUAAGUUAUCAGGACAAUGAGACUGCAGCGCUGCUUGAUGAUAUAGCUGCUCCACCACCUAGCAGACACCCGCUGACAAGAUCAUCGGCUUUCAAUCACAGUGACAAAUGUGACUCUUAUCAGUAUCAAAAAGAUUCAUUAACGCGUGAAGAAGGGGCUUCACUGGAUGCUGAGGAAUCAGGAAACAUCACCAACAAAUCAAGAGAAAGCAACAAUCGAGGAGGAAAGGUGGCACCCCCGUCGUCUUUGGAUGUGGUUCCUCCACGUGCCAUUCGCUUGCUUCAAGCAUCCACAAUCAGCACUAUCUCUGGUGACGAGUCCAUUGGGGAGUGCUCACUGGAUUGCAACCUUACAGCAAGUGAACCAUCUCUGCUGAGUGGGAACAGUCAGUCUGCUGGCUCUUGUUUGUCCAAGAAAGCUGUGCUUAACCAGUCCCUGAUCAGCUCCACCGAAGGCCAUUUACCUUCUGACAAUACCCCCGAGUCCAGCAUAAACACUGCUGACACUGCAUCUUGUGAACCCCAGAGAAGACAAAAGGAUGCCUUAAUCCUUGGCCAAGAACUUUUGGACUCUGUCAGCAAACUAGCAGAAAAAGAUUACGCUUCCCCUGUGUCACCUCUGUCGCCUCCAAGUGCUCCUGAAUCAGCACACAAGCCUUCAUACCUUAAGCUAAGUUGUGCAGUCAGUGGGUAUGGGAAGUACAGUCGCUACUCCUCCUACAAGAGCAUACCUACAAGGUCACCUUUCUCAAGCACGUCAUCCUUGCGUUCAGAUCUCAGCUCACCAGACCCAUCAUGCCCUCCUUGCGCAGUCCACACUUGCGGGGAUCUAAGAGUGCAAUCAGCUGGGAGCGUGACUAGUCCCUCAUGUGUUGGUGAGAUGGCCCAGACAUUAAAAAGUGAACCGUAUGAUAUAACGCCUUCUUAUAAUGGACACUUGCCUAUACCUACUAUACAGCUUACUGGUGACCCUAUCAAGGAUGGAGAAUACUUCAUGAACUUUGCUAAUGUAGAGGAGCAGAGGCUGAAGCAUCAGGCACAAAAUGCUGAAGGCAUGAUGAGGUCUCAGGACCUGCCUGAAGAAGUAAAUGGGAAGAUACGAGCAGCCAUUGGAAAGUCUAAUCUGCUGAUCAGUCAGAAGUUCCAGCAGUUUCAUGAGUUGUGCUCCCAACACAUGCAUCCUGAGCCUGAAGAACGUGUACCUUUGCUGGAGGACCUUCAAGGCUUUUGGGACAUGAUCAAAAUCCAAAUAGACAAUGUUGAUGAUAUGUUUGCUGAGAUUCAGCAUAUGAGUCAGAAUGAUUGGAAGGAGGUUCCAAAGCAGGCAUCACGCCGCAGUUCGGCCAGUUCCAGCCCUAAGUCUGCAGGCAGUUUGUCUCAGGCCAGCACCCCUUCUGCCACCCCUGGACACACCCCAGGUUCCAAGAGAAGGGGCCUGAAAGGAAACAACAAGGACACUCCCGAGUCAUCUCCAGAACGCACACAGAAAGCUCGUUCUGCAGCUAAAGCCAGGGAUGAAGCUAGAAAGAAAAUGCUGGCAGAGAAGCGAGCUGCCAUGAAACAACAACAGCAGCAGCAGCAACAACAGCAAGAGGGGGCUGCUGAUGUGGAGAUUUUUCUGGCAGACUCUAGGAAGCAGUGAUUAUCUGCACACAGUAACUCAAGAAGAAAGUCCACUGCAGAUUGUUUUGCUGGUUUUUUUCUCCAUCCUGUUCCUAUUUUAGAGGUAGCUUUGUCCCUCUGUUCUACACCUACAAGCCCAAGUUCUCCAGCUGUCAAGCAUUGCUGACUUGUGACUUUUUCUUGAUGAGCUAAUUGUGCACACAAUUGUUACAGACUGCUGCUGGCUUAAGACAGCCUUUAAGUAAUUGAUAUCAGCCAUCUGUUUCCUGUUAAAACAAAAUCUGAAAGGGGCACAGAAAUAAUUAAAUAGGGCAUAGCAUGCACGUUGCCAAAUGGUUGAUGGCAGACUGCACAUUGAAGGUAAGGGAGGUAACAUGGACUCCUGGUGGAUAAUGUCCUAUCAAGGGUAUGUAGCCUUCAUUGUGCACUAGUGUCAUAGAAAAACUAACCCUUUGUCAUUUCUGAUAUUAAUGUCUAUAUUUAUUGUCCUUAUUUUCUAUGGUAUGCAUGUUGUCAGACUAAAGCCCCUGUGAAUAAACUUGGUAUUGAAACAAUUAUUUAGAUUGGUAAAGAGUUGGAACAAGUGCAGAGAAAGAUGUUGCUUGAUAUUAGUACCCAGUUAAGUAAUCAAGAAUUGAGGUUUGUCAUUUUCAGCUUUUAAUGCAUACCUUUAUUAAUGAAAUGACUGCUUUAGCCCAAGGAUGGCUGGAUUAUCUGUGGGUGUGCUUUAAUGGCAAAACUAAUUAAAAGUGUUUUAUUAAUUCUUAAUGCAUGCUGGUGGUCAUUUGCUAUUUUUUUCUAUAGGAAAAUAUACUUUUGCUGUAUAAGCUCAUUUCUCCGACUGCCAUAGCAACAACAAAAUCAAAGUGACAAUUUGCUUUCAGCCUUUUCGGGACCAUACUCAUCUUUCGAUUUUUGAAAAGCAAAUCUGUCUUUGACAUAAAACAUUCAACAACUGCUUGCAUGUGUUUACUUUUAUCAAGUGUUUAUGGCAUUGAGGAAUGUGGGAUGAACUUUAAUAAAUUCUUAGCAUAAAAAAUGCUUCUUUGCCUGCUGCCUGAGUGUUGAAAGUGUCUAUUUGUUAUAUAUUGAUUGAUUAUUUAUUGGGUUUCUUUGUAUUGUACAAUUCUUUUGGGUGACCUAUCUAAAGGCUCGAGUACCUUUUAAUGAAUCAGUUGCAUGACAUUUUUACAACAGUGUUGUAAACGUGCCUUCACUAAAAAUUCUUCAGCAAAGGCUAGGGGUUAAGUUUCCACUUUCUUGACAGUCACUAACACAUAAAUAAGACACUGUUAUAAAGUUUUAAUAAUAUUUGUUUUAAAAGAAAUCCCACCGAUAUUUUUUUAAGAGUAAACUUUAUCUUAAAAGAGUUUUCUUAACAGCAGUUUUAAGUCAAAACUAAUAAUAGAAAAGUAAGAGUUUUACCAAUUUAAAAGGUUACUUUUUGUUUCCAUUUGUUGGUAGUAAGUACAUGUAUACUAGAAAUUACUUAAAAGCAAGUGUUAGUAUAUUUUAUAUUUAUCUUACCAUUGAUUUCCAUACUAAUAGAUUUCUUAAACUAUGAUUUUGUAAAAUUUUGCUGAAGCAAAUGUACCUGGUUAAGUGAAUGAUUUAGAUAAAUUUACUCCACAGAGCCUUCUUGUAGGAUUGCAGUAAAGCUGUUCUGUGACUUAUGUAGAUCAGCGGUUGGGUAGUACAGUGCUUGAGAAUUAUUUUUUUAUUAUCGUGGCCUGAUAAUUUGAAAUGGGGGAUCUUUCUGUACAUUUUAUCACUUAUCGCUUUUAAAUAUUAUCUAUGCCUUUUAACUAUUUCUACAGAAAUACAUGGGCGUAAUAGUUGUACAGGCAGUGUCAUUCUUUGUGUGUUCAGGAUGUUAAAAUGCCUAGUGUGUGCACAGAUUUUUCCUGAUUUAUGGUUUUAUUUCUUGUAUAUCAGAGGGGAGGGUUAAAAGUUGAUUUACUUAAAAAUAUUAAUACAAAAUAGCACAUGAUCAUUAAAGUCUGUCAGUUGUGCCAUUGAGGUUCAGGGGAUUAGUUUUAUAAGAAAGUGAUGGAUCCACAACAACUGUCUUCACCUCCUGGAACACUGCAUUACUCUUUUAGCCCGUCUUGAAGCCACACUUUCCCACCCUUUUCAGAAUGUUCAGCUGCCUGCCUUAUUUGCAAAAACAUGUCUCUGUCAAUCUUGCAUCAUUCAGGGAUGAAGUUGCAUAUCUCUAAGGGCAUCAAAUACAAGGCUGUUUGAGUCUGUUGUGCCAUUAUCACUGACCUAGCACAUAGCUACUUUUCUACUAUAGUCUUUUGCUCUUCUCCACAUUGUUCUCUCCAUUCUGCCACAUUCUUCUUUUUCUGUCAUGGCUGCUUCAAGUAUUACUGCCAUGGAUUCCAUUCAUUCUCAAACUAGACCUUGACUUUAGAACCCUUCAGUGUUUGAUAUUUUCUUUAAAUCUUGCUUGAAAAUAUAUUUGUUCAGCAUUUAAUGUCUUCAUUUGCUUUUGACUGGAUAUGCCCGAGUAUUGCUUUUCAUUCCCGAAUGGUGUGCGUGACUGAAUAAGUGCACCCUACUACCUAUUAAAUGGGACGCCUUACAAAAUUAUUAUAAUACGAGAACUUUUUUAAGCAGAGAUCUUCAAAUUUGUUGUUUUGUUUUUGUUUUUUUUAAUUAUUAUUUGGCAUAGUUAAAAUGUGUCAAGCAUCAGUGUUUUGUGACGUUCGCUUUUGUCGUCAGCGAAUGUGCCUUUGCAAAUUGAAAUCCAACUCUUCCUCCACCAAUCUCUGUUUUUUCAGCUGCAGGUACACACUGAAAUACACUGUCUGCUCAUGAUUGUGUGUAUAAUUUGACUCUGUUUUUUAGCCUGGUUAACAAGUAUGCCAUUUCAAGAAUGAUCAAUAAUGUAAUGUCAGUGCCUGCUUGUGUUUAGUCCUGAUCCUAUAGUCAUGAACUGUUCUAAAUAAACUUUUAAUAUGCUAAUAGAUAUUUAUUGCUAUUGUUGUAAUCAUGUUUGCCAUGGGUUGGACAUUGCUCUUUGUGCAUUUUGGUAUUAGAAUGGUCAUCUAGAGCAAGUUUAAAAGUGUAGAAGUAUGCUGGUUAUUGCCUGCUGCCUGCUGGUCAAUGCAGACUGAGUGACAAAUAUUCAUAAGGAAAGCAAUGCACUUCAUCACCUGUUUGUGGUUAACUCAUUGUAUUUUUUAUCAUCAUUUAUUUAAGUUAAAUGUUUUGACAUAGUUAAGCAUGUUUGUAGAAUUUUUUCGUAGAUAAAUUAAUGUUGGUCGUUCAAGCACUAGAAGCUUGGUAAUUAUGUGACAAACGUCUAUAUAAAACCAGGGUACAUACUGGGUUUAUUUGUGGAAGUUUUACAUUUAAGCAGUGCCUGGUCCUAUCAAUUUUGUUGGUCUUAUAAGGAGAGAGAUAUGUUGAUGAGCUUGCAGUAUAGGCAUCACCACUUCAGCCUUAGAAAAUUAACCUGCAGCUUUAUCAGUGAAAGAAAACAAGGAAAAUAUUUUUAAAAUACAUUUUUGAAAAUUGUUUUGCAUUAAAAGAAUCAUUUUCAAAAGGGUUGCUUUGGGUAUCUUUUAGACAACUGAUAUCAAAUUUUGAUGUUAUGUUAGAAAUCGUGUUUUAGUCAAGUAUUUGUGCUGGUGGGAAGUAUGUAGGAAAGUACCAAAUACUCAGCAGAGUUGAGAUUUUACAUGUAUGUUUGACUUCUGUUGUAGAUAAUGAUAUUCACUAGGUAAGCAAAGAAAGUGUUUUCUCUCUCUUCAUGAAGAUGUCUUCAAAAAUAGUCAUAAAAAUAUUUUAUUAUUCAAUUUGAAUACACUAAAUCUGUUUGGUACUGGAUUUGGUAUAUGAUUUAAUAAAAAUGAACUUUUA